UAGAGCGUUGAAAAAAAAGUUACGACAAUAAAACUCUAAUUAAAACUGUAAAAAAAUAGUAAAAAAGAUAUUUUUAAUGACAAUACACUAAGAAACGUAGCUGGUGAUAGAAGAAAAACAUUCGAAAAAUGAGUCGUGAUGAGAAACGGAAAAUGUCUUUCAUUCCUAUCGUUCGACAAACUAGCAGAGAAAGUGAAGGGGAAGAUUUAUUAAAUCAAGAAAUUGAUGAUUUACUGCAAAGUGAUUUCGAAGAGCGAAGACUUUCGGAGAAUUUCUCGAGGAACAAUAGAAAUGAAGAAUCGUCGAGAGUCCUAAAAGAUGACGACUGUAUUGGAGAAAAUGUAGCGCUACUUGAGAAAGUUUUGGAAGACCCAAAAGAUGAUAAGAAUUCUGAGAAUUCUAGGAAUGAAGGAAACGCAAUGAAAGCAAGAAUGAGUGAUAUUCUCGGUGAAAUAUCUGAAGAUGAAAAUACCGAAAUUCUUCCAAAACAGCAACGAGAUAAUCAAAAAAGGAAAAAACAUUCUUUGUCACCUUUUCCUGAUUCAAAUAAUUCAAUAAAUACAAAAAGUGAAAUUGAAUCGAAAUUUAAUCACACGCCACAUGAUUUGUUCAUUCAACUCAAUGAGUUAUGCUUUGAACAAGAAUUUCAAGAAUGGCGUGAAACAGCUCGGUGGAUAAAGUAUGAGGAGAAUGUUGAAGAAGGUGCCGAUCGAUGGGGACGGCCACAUAUGUCGUCACUUUCAUUUCAUUCCUUGUUGAAUUUGAGAUUGUGUCUGGAGAAAUGUGCGAUUAUGCUUGAUGUUGAGGAGAAAGAUAUUGGCGUGAUUAUUUAUCAAGCUGUUGAAACAAUGUUUAACGAAGGCAUCAUUCGUAAUGGAGAUCGUGAAAAAAUCUUCAGGACAAUUUUACUUCAUCACAACUAUGAGCAUCGUCGAAGUAUCUUUAAUUUUGGUGUGAAGAAGAAAUCAUCUCAUGAUUCAAGUCAAAGCUUAGUGUCGCACACGUCAGAAAAAUCAGAUGAUUCAAAUAUUUUCAAACCAUCGAAGCGGAAAAGUUCAGGAAGUUUUAAGAAGUUUUCCAGACGUGGAAGUACCGUGGUAUUCCAUCCAAGAAGAACUUCAAAUUUAUUCACACCUGAAGCAGCGAUUCGUGAAGAAGUCGAGAAAAUGACUUUCGAUCCAAUUUCUAAACCUGUCAGUAAUCCCGCAACAUUUAAAGUUGAAAUGGAAAAUGAUGAUGAACGAGUGACUGAAGAAGAACAAUUAGUUCAGAAUGAAUAUGUGCUUAAAAGACUGCCAAUAAACUGUGAAGGUGCAGCAAUCUUAGCUGCAGUUGUAGACUUCCUAGAUCAUCCAACGGCCGUCUUCAUUCGCUUAGCAGAAAGCACAAAAAUUGCAAAUGUUCUUGAAGUUUCACUUCCUGUUCGUUUUCUUUUCUUCAUUAUGGGACCAAAAACAGAACAACUUGAUUAUCAUGAAAUUGGACGUUCAAUUUCGACUCUCUUAUCAAACAAACAUUUUAGAAAUUGCGCUUAUGCUACGAAAACUCGAAAAAGUUUAAUCAAAGCCAUUGAUGAUUUUCUGAAUGAAAGUAUCGUUUUUCCACCAGGAAAACUCGAUAAGGAAGCACUUUUGUCAUUUGAGAAUCUAAAGAAAAAGUCUGAAAUGAUUCGAGCUCGGAAACGUCGAGUUUUGUAUGAAAAUUUAAAAUCACAAGAUCGAAUGUUGAGUGAAGAUCAAAUUAAACUUUUGUCAGCAAUGUACGACGCUAGUCAAAAGAAACCAACAAGCUCACUACAGAGAACAGGCAAACUUUGGGGUGGAUUACGUAAUGAUUUAUCACGAAGACUUCCGAUGUUCAAAAGUGACAUCAUUGAUGGAUUAAAUUUUGAGACAUUAGCAGCGACGGUUUUCAUGUACUUUGCAUGUUUUGCGACCGCAAUAACUUUCGGUGGAUUAGCUGGUGACCUAACGAACGGUUGGAUUGGAAUAUCUGAAACACUUUUAUCAGCAAGCUUUGCUGGGAUAGUUUUUCAUAUUUUUGGUGGACAACCUCUAGUCAUAAUCGGUACAACUGGUCCCUUGAUUCUCUUCGACAAAGCUCUCGUGAGCUUCUGUACAAUCCAAAAAUUUGAUUUUCUCAAUGUUCGUGUUUAUGUUGGAUUUUGGAUGUUGAUAAUCUCACUAUUAGUAUCAGCUUUUGAAGGAAGUGUGCUUGUGCGAUAUUUCACGAGAUUCACACAGGAAAUAUUUUCCGCUCUUAUAACUCUGAUUUAUCUUUACUCGACAUUCAACAAGACAAUGUCGAUUUAUAAAAGAAAUCCUUUGAUGGAAGUGAAAGAUUACGUUAAAGUGUUCAAUACAACAGAAGAAGCUUUUGUCACUCAAGGCAUUGUUAAUCAACCAAAUACUGCCUUAUUUUGUACUCUAUUGACACUCGGAACUUUUGUGUUGGCAUAUAACUUGAAGAUAUUCAGAAACUCAAAGUUCCUGGGACGGACAAGUCGACGUGCUUUAGGUGACUUUGGCGUUCCGAUUUCUAUCGCAAUAUUUGUCAUUAUUGCAAAUUACAUGUCACAAGUUGAGACAGAGAAACUUAAUGUACCUGAUGGGAUUGAACCAACAGUUAAACGUGAAUGGCUUGUUCCACUAUGGAUAGAAAACAAUCCAAUGUGGCUGCCUUUUGCUUGUGUUGUGCCUGGAUUUCUGAUUUAUAUUCUCACAUUCAUGGAGUCGCACAUCUCUGAAUUAAUUCUCGAUAAGCCUGAGAGAAAAUUGAAGAAAGGCUCAGGUUUUCAUUGGGAUAUUGUUUUGCUUUGUAUCUUAAAUAGCAUUCUUGGAUUAUUUGGCAUGCCAUGGCAUUGUGCUGCAGCUGUCAGAUCUGUUGCCCAUAUAAGUGCAGUAACAAUUAUGUCAACAAAUCAUCCACCUGGAGAAUCUCCGCAUAUUGUGGGUGUUAAAGAGCAGAGAUUGUCGGGAUUUUUUGUCUCUUUACUUAUUGGAUUAUCGAUUUAUGCUUCUCCAAUUCUUAAGAAAAUUCCUAUUAGCGUAUUGUUUGGAGUUUUCCUUUACAUGGGCGUUUGUUCAAUGAAUGGUGUUCAACUUUUUGAGAGAAUUAUUCUUUUCUUUGUGCCAGUGAAGUAUCACACGGGGGCUUAUGCGACGAAGCUUCUGACUUAUCGUAUGCACAUCUAUACAGUCAUUCAAGUGACGGCACUUGCCAUUCUUUGGAUUGUCAAUGAAUCACCAAUUUCACUUGCUUUUCCUUUCUUUCUUAUCAUGAUGGUCCCUUUGCGAAAGCUCCUCGACAAUUUCUAUUCUCCUUCUGAACUUGAAGCUCUUGACGGUUCGCAACAAAAUGAAAAUGAUGACAUCGAUGAUGAUGAUUUUUACGAGCAAACUCAUAUCUCAGCUUGAUUUCAUUUGAAUUUAUUACUUUACACAUGGAACUUCUAUUUAUUUUAUCUUUUAACGAUACGAUUUAUAUUUUGUCAAUAUCGCAGAAACAAUGUUCAAGGAUAUUUUGAAUAUCUAAAUGAGCCAAAUAAAUCGAAAUAAAUUCAAUGC